AUGAAAGUCUACGCUGUAGUAACACCACUUUUGGCAGACUGCAUGAGAAAGAAGAUUGGGGUUAGUAUUUUCUUUAUUUGCAUUUUUACUCUGGGGCAUUACUGGCAAGGCAUGCUGUUGGCUGUACAGGCAAUCCACCAGGAAGGUAUCAUUCAAUCGGACCUGAAGCCUACCAACUUUCUGCUUGUAAAUGAGACUGUAAAGCUGAUUGACUUUGGUAUUGCAUCUUCCAUUCAGCAAGACAUGACAAGUGUGAUUAAGGAUAGUCAGGCUGGAACCUUUAAUUAUAUGAGCCCAGAAUCUUUGUUGGAUGUGCAUUCAGGCCCAAUUAUCAAUGGUCGUUCUGGGGACCGUCCAACUAUUAAGAUUGGUGUGAAGUCAGAUGUUUGGUCAUUAGGUUGUAUUUUGUAUAAUUUGGUAUAUGGCCGUACACCAUUCCAGCAUAUAAGCAACCCCCUGCAAAAGCUGUCAGCAAUCUCUGAUCCUAAUACUAAAAUAAACUUCCCCGAAAUUGAGAAUAAACUCUUGUUAGAGGUGUUGCAGCUGUGCUUGCAAUUUGAUCAGCGAAAACGUCCUAGCAUCUCAGAGUUGUUAGAACACCCAUACCUAACAGCCAAGCCAGGGGAAGGUGAAACUCCAGAAAAGGAACCGCGCCUUAAGAACAUGCUACAGCAACUGUCGCAGCUCACCCCAAAUAGCUUAAGUAAAAUAACUUCGAUGAUGCAACAGAUGCAGUCAGAUACCAAGCCAGAGUUCUAAAUAUAUUUACUGGAGGAGUUUCCCACCAAUAUUCUGUAAAUAGGCUAACACAAAUAUAUAACCUAGAAGUGA